AUGUUCAACAAUGGACAGCCAAUUAGCCAAGGCGUUUGUGCUAAUGGCGGCUACAUCGAUGUCUCCAGGGAGCAACUCUUUAGCACUGCAUCUUGUGGACUGCGUUGCGAUACUUGCCCAGCUCUCACAAGGGAUGGUCUUACAUGUCCAGGAGACUCUAUCUGCAGCGCAGUAUCUAUACGUGAAGGACAAUGUAGGGAAGCAUACUGUCCUGCCGGAACAAUGACUGCCAACGGAGUAGAGGUAACCUCUCUGACCUGCAAUGGGCAGGGCGCCUGGGUUGACGCAGUGGGUACCGUAUACACUGCUGCACAGUGCGAGGUUAUGUCUUGUCAGAACUGCGCAACUUUGGGUAAUGCAAACAUCCCAUGUCCUGUCGGGCUCAUCUGUGAGGCUCCCCUCGAACGUGUAGAAGAAUGCAAGGAAACUUACUGUAUGAUGGGUGAGCUCAGAGGAAAUCCUGCUCGAGUACUUCUGACAUCCUUGACAUGCAAUGGAAUGAGCCAGUGGGUUGAUGAACAAAAUAAUAUCUAUGAUAGCGCACAAUGUGAAUAUCCUUGCGAUCAGUGCACAGAUUUGACCAUUGGCGGAAUGAUGUGUCCUGUAGGAUUCGUAUGCACUGCCGUUGUCACUCAGCCAGGUCAAUGCCCAGUUGCUGCCUGUCCCGAAGGAAUAAUGAGGGCAUCUCCUGGCGAAGUGGUAGUGCCCUCUCUUACCUGCGAUCGUAAUGCGCAGUGGAUCGACAACCAACAAAAUGUCUACACUUCUGCCCAGUGCGAAGAUUCACAAUGCUCCGAAACUUACUGCGCCACUGGACAGCUCACUGGCAAUGUUGCCAGAACGGAACUAGAAGUUUUAACCUGCAAUGCCAACGCGCAAUGGAUCGAUGCGCAAUCUGCAGUGUAUACUGUAGCGCAGUGUGAGACCCCAUGUGACCAGUGUCCUGCUCUGACAAACACGGGAAUGCCAUGUCCUUCAGGUUUGAUGUGCACUCCGGUGAUGACAAGAAAUACUGGACAAUGCCCUGAAAGUUACUGUGAGACUGGCACGAUGACAGCUGGACCGGGGAGAACUACUGUAGCGACACUGUCUUGCAACGGUAACCAACAGUGGGUAGACUCUCAAUCGACAGCCUAUGCUACUGCUCAAUGCGAAAUAUCGUGUAUAUGUGCACCAUUGCCAAUCACGACUCCACCACCGAUGAUGACCGUCAGGGGGAACGCUCUAGUCAUGCGUGGAGAUGGGUGCUCAUCAUUAGGUACCGGUUGCAGGGGAUCAGAUCUGUUCAGACUCGUGACGGCCAACGGCGUAGUCACGCUGGAACCUCCGGCUGGGCGAACGAGCGAUUUCACUUGUCUCGAUGGUCAAUGGACAACAGUUAUCAACGGCGUCGAAACUACCGUGCUAGAGCAGGCUUGCUAUGAAUUUGACUGCAACAUGUGUAAUAAUGUUCGUCCCGGACCUGGUGUCACACUUACGCUAAUCUACGACGCAAAUACUUGGUGCACUACAUACACUUUAAGCGGAUGUCCCAAUGGUUACAGAGUUGACGACACCGUCAUCACCUCCACCUUAACAUGCAAUGACAAUAGUAGAUGGACAAGCGGAACUUUUACCGCUCCAAAUGCUGGGAUCCUCGACGUUGACUGCGUCUAA